UAAGCAAAGAAUAAUAAAACUGGCGAUAAAGGAUCCCACGUGUUUAACGAUUUCGAAAAAUCUGGUCAGUUCGAUUUCAAACGAUCGCAGGGGCUUGGUGAAUUUGUGAGGUGAUAAUGACCGUUAUAUUUCGUUUGAAAAACAGUUCGGUGAAAUUGAAAAACGUGUCGUGUCGUCGUUCGAACUUCUGUUGUUUUUUGUCUCGAAGCAGGUUGUUUUAGCAUCUUUGGUUUUUGUAAGCCGAAAACAUGAGAGAUUUAAUAAGGAACUACAGGAACAUUUUGGCGGGAAAAAACUCAUCUUCGGAUUCAGAUACGGAAUCCCAGCCUUUGGUCAGUUCGAGUUACACGUCAACUAGUAGUUACGGAUCGACCUUCAGCCCUUCGAUUCCAUCGACUGAUACCGAGGAGGAAAUUGUACAGACUGUCCAAACUAAGCAGCCAACUACCUCAGGAAAAACACCUUUAUCGUUGAGGAAAAAUUACGAGAGGCGAUUAAUCCUUGGGCCCAGUUUCGAGCCUCCAGAAUUGGACAUUUUUACGUCUAGAGAUACAGUAUUCGAUUCGCAGAGCAACUACGCUAAACUUUUUGGCCUGAUUGACGGUCCCACCUCGUUUCAGAUGAGUACCAAAGACCCAAACGUUCUCAAGUCCUCCUCCACGACAAGUAGUUACCCAUUUUCGGACUACAGGGACGAAGAAAAAUCUACUCAAAACUCUAUAGUAACAAUAUUCGCAAUAUGGAACACGACUAUGGGAUCCUCGUUAUUGGCGAUGUCGUGGGGCAUACAAAUGGCGGGAUUGGUACCGGGAAUAAUCGUCAACAUUUUAGUAGCCGCCAUUUGUUUAUACACUUGUUACUUAUUAUUGACGGUUUUUGAGAGACACGGUAUGCCUGGAGAGGACACCGACAUCAGCCACAUAUGCCUUAUGCUGUUGGGAAGGUGGGCCGAAAUACUCGCCAAAGUAUUCUCUAUAGUGGUGUUGCUAGGAGCGAACAUAGUAUACAUGAUCUUGAUGUCAAAUUUUCUCUACAACUCGGUAUACUUCCUGCACGAAUUGGUGGUUUCUCCAGAGUAUGACGCCGAAGUGAACCAAUCUGUACUUUGCCCAAAACAAAACGCCACUGAGGCGGAACUGGCUAUCCGAAGUUCCGUGUUCGACAACGUUUGGGAUCUGUACGGCACCGUUCCCCUAUAUUUAGCUGUGAUAUUGUUUACUGUAUUAAAUUUCAAAAGUCCGACAUUCUUCGCCAAAUUCAAUUGCCUCGGCACAAUCAGCGUCAUGUAUCUGCUUACAUUUGUAGCCGUGAAAGCUUUCGGAUGGGGUAUAAACAUACCCGAUUGGCAUUCGAUACUUUACAUAAAACCUACGUUCCCAGCUCUCAGUGGUAUGCUGUCCCUAAGCUACUUUAUCCACAACAUAAUCGUCUCUAUAAUGAAGACUAAUAAGCACCAGCACCAUAACGGGCGGGAUCUCAGCAUAGCGUUCGGCUUGAUAACGUUUACUUAUCUAUUCAUAGGGGUCCUGUUUUACAUAAGUUUCCCGUUGGACAAAUCUUGCAUCGAAGACAACAUUUUCAACAACUUUACGAAGCGAGACACAUUGACGAUAGUGGCCCGAAUCUUGUUGAUGUUCCAGCUGUUUACCGUAUUUCCGCUGAUAGCGUUCAUGUUAAGAAAUGACGUCCUGAGAAAUAUUAAUGACAUAUUCAAGAACUACGGUUGGGGUGACUUCUCUUACGGAAAGGUUGCAGUCUUGAACGGGGUUGUUUUGUUUAUUUGCGUGGUAUUCGCGUGCGCCUUGCCCAAAAUUGGCACCCUCAUCAGGUACACUGGUGCAAUGAGUGGCAUGGUCUACAUUUUCAUGUUGCCCAACCUGCUAAAGAUGGCGAGUUUGAGGAAAGGGGGCGAGCUGACGUCGAUCAAGGCAUUCUGGCACGUUACUAUAAUUGUAUUGGGUUCUCUAAACUUACUAUCCCAGUUUUUUAUUUCUGACUGA